AUGAGGCCAGAUGAUAUCAACCCUCGUACUGGACUGGUGGUGGCCUUGGUGAGCAUCUUCCUGGUCUUUGGGUUUAUGUUUACAGUGUCUGGGUUUAAAGGGGAAUCUCUGGGGCCAAUUCCUCUUAUCGCCAUUGGACCUGCAAUUUUUUUCCCAGGAGUAGCUGUCAUUUCACUUGCCAGGAGAACAGAUGGCUGUACAAAGUGGCCAUAUAAAAAGUGGAUUUGCUGGAAGAAGACAAAAGACAAAGAAGACAUAGAGCUUUUAAAGACUCCCUCAGACAUGGGAUCUGGAAAGGGGAGCUCUAAUGAGCUGGAUAAAAAGGGAGAGAAAAAGGAGAAAGGUGAAGAAUGUGAGUCUAGCAAAGUUAUCACCAUAGAGGAUGCGAGGACUCUUAUAAAGGGAGUGGACCAAGAUGAGGUGCAUCAGUCCUAUUCUUCUAAUGCCUUGCCAGGUGGGGUAGAGAGUACUUGUUCAGUGUUUGAUAAGACAUGCUCAGCCGACAGGAUUAUUUACACAGCCACAGAGGAGAAGGUCACUCUGGAUCCACGAGAUAAAGAGGCUGCUGCCUUCACACACAAGCAGGACAGGUACUGCUGUUAUGUACAAGCUACAGAGGUGAACUGGGACCAAGAGACAAUUGUUUAACUUGAUUUAGUUGCACACAUAUACUCACUAUGGAAAUGUUUGCACUGCAUGAAAGAUAUUGUAUCUGAUCAAAACAGAUGUGAUACUUACAGUUGAAACCUUUUACCCAAAGUAUCCCUGCAGACCAGCAUGUUUACGGUUAUGAGUCCCUUGCCUCUGGGUUUUUUUUAUUUUGUUGGAUUCUCCAAUUGUUCCUUCUGUGAAUCCAGUGCCUUGGUAAGGAACAGUACAUCUGAACAGACAUGCAUUAAAAGAUAAUCAGAUAUAUGAAAUGUACAGACAAAGGCUCAGGCUAUCUGUAUUCUAUAGACAGCCUGUUAAUACACUGGAGGCUAUUAUAUCAUCGUUAUCUAAUGAUUUGCUGCAACAACAGUUUAUUUUAGAUAUCAUGUAUGCCUACAAU